UAAUUAUUGUGCUCCUCGUCUUGAAGCAAAAUGGCCAAGGGUGCCCUUCUCUUCAUUCUCUUCACCUUCACCACCUUCUUCCUCAACAGCACGCUUGCUUGUCCUUACUGUGCCUACCCACCCAAACGACCUCCUAAGCCUAAACCUCCAGUACACCGCCGUUCCAAACCACCGUGUCCACCACCGUCUUCUUCACAGCCAAAACCUCCCAAGGGAAAACCACCGCCGUAUGUCCGUCCAAAACCACCAAUCGUAAGACCACCAAUUGUUAAACCACCACCUUACUACCCAAAACCACCCAUUGUUAAACCACCAGUUGUAAAGCCUCCACCUUAUGUCCCAAAACCGCCGGUCGUGAAACCACCGUAUGUGCCAAAGCCUCCGAUUGUGAAGCCACCACCUUAUGUUCCUAAACCACCAGUUGUAAAGCCUCCACCUUAUGUCCCAAAACCGCCGGUCGUGAAACCACCGUAUGUGCCAAAGCCUCCGAUUGUGAAGCCACCACCUUAUGUUCCUAAACCACCAGUUGUAAAGCCUCCACCUUAUGUCCCAAAACCGCCGAUCGUGAAACCACCGUAUGUGCCAAAGCCUCCGGUUGUGAAGCCACCCCCUUAUGUUCCUAAACCACCAGUUGUAAAGCCUCCACCGUAUCAUCCAAAACCGCCGGUCGUGAAACCACCGUAUGUGCCAAAGCCUCCGAUUGUGAAGCCACCACCUUAUGUUCCUAAGCCACCAUAUCAUCCAAAACCACCGGUUGUGAAACCACCGCAUGUGCCAAAGCCUCCGGUUGUGAAGCCACCACCUUAUGUUCCUAAACCACCAGUCGUGUCACCACCAUAUCAUCCAAGACCACCAGUUGUGAAACCGCCAGUUGUGAAGCCACCACCGUAUGUGCCUACACCACCAGUUGUGUCACCGCCGGUCGUUAAGCCACCACCGUAUGUGCCUAUACCACCAGUUGUGAAGCCACCACCUGUCGUGAAGCCACCACCGUAUGUGCCUACACCACCCGUUGUGAAGCCACCACCUGUCGUGAAGCCACCACCGUAUGUGCCUACACCACCCGUUGUGUCACCACCGGUCGUGAAGCCACCACCGUAUGUGCCUACACCACCAGUUGUAAAGCCACCACCUGUCGUGAAGCCACCACCGUAUGUGCCUACACCACCCGUUGUGUCACCACCGGUCGUGAAGCCACCACCGUAUGUGCCUACACCACCAGUUGUGAAGCCACCACCGUAUGUGCCUACACCACCAGUUGUGAAGCCACCACCUGUCGUGAAGCCACCACCGUAUGUGCCUACACCACCAGUUGUGAAGCCACCACCGUAUGUGCCUACACCACCAGUUGUGAAGCCACCACCUGUCGUGAAGCCACCACCGUAUGUGCCUACACCACCCGUUGUGUCACCACCAGUUGUAAAGCCACCACCGAUUGUGAGGCCACCACCAUAUGUGCCUUUACCACCGGUAGUGCCGACACCUCCGACCGUGAAGCCACCACCGGUUGUAUCGCCACCUUAUGUUCCUCAACCUCCUGCGGUUGUAACCCCACCAACACCACCAGUGACACCAGUACCACCGGUGGUGACACCACCGUCUCCGACACCUUAUGUGCCAAACCCUCCUUCUCCGGGGACCCCAUGUCCGCCGCCGCCACCAGCACAAGAGACGUGCCCCAUAGAUACGUUGAAGCUGGGUGCAUGUGUGGAUGUUCUAGGUGGGCUUGUCCACGUCGGAGUCGGAAGCAAUGCUAAACAGACUUGCUGUCCGGUGCUGCAAGGAUUGGUUGAUUUGGACGCCGCCGUGUGUCUCUGUACGACGAUUAAGGCUAAGCUUCUGAACGUCAACAUCGUCAUCCCUAUCGCUCUUCAGCUUCUCAUUGACUGUGGCAAGACUCCCCCAAAAGGGUUUCAGUGUUCCGCUAAUUAAUUGAACUUUUUAUAUCCGGUAACGAAAUUAGUUGCAUGUUCUUUUUUUGUAUUUUGUUUAAUUAUUUGUGAUCACCUUCAUCUUUGCUUCCAGUGUUAAUCACUGAAAUGGGCAUAUCUUUAAGUGGUUUUUAUGUCAAUUUCACAAAAUAUUGGACGUUUUUUAAUUAUGCCUUGUCGGAAGUUAAAAAAGUUUCUAAUAAAAAGUUCGAUGUGAUGUUACUUGA